CUUGAGAUCAAGAAUCGCUCGCUUUUUAUUCACGUCGACGUUUGCGGUCAAGAGGACGGCGCCGAAGACGCACAAGAGGUCUUCCCCACCAUUCAGCAGAUCGGCGAAGAGGUGAUUCGCGACGUUCUGGACGAGCUGUCGGUGCCGCUCGUGGUGGGCGUCGGGGAGGGCGCGGGCGCCAACAUUCUCGCGCGUUUCGCUUUGGCGCACCCGUCGCGCGUCCUCGGCCUCGUUCUCGUGCACCUCGUGUCGGCCGAAGUGGGAUUCCUGGAUCAGCUAAAAGACCGCUUUUUCCACCGCCGAAACUCUCAACAGAUGUCUCCACUCGAUGUCGUCGCGCUCCACAAGGCAAGUAUCGGAAAGGAUUCUACGGACGAGACGUCGCGCGCGCUUCUGGAGGCAUAUCGCGCGCGCGUGCAGACACUCAAUGCCCGCAAUCUGCAGAAGUACGUCACGGCUUACAUGAACCGGAAAGUGAUCUCGGAUUUGGCCGAAGUGGACGUCCUGUUGGUGGCGGGCGCGCGGUCGCCGUACUGCGCAGGCGUAGAGGCCAUAUACUCCAAGUGCAACAAAACAAAGACCUCUUUGUUGAAAGUGGACGACGUGCGUGACGUCAUGAGCGAAAGCGCCGACAAAUUGGCGCAAAGUCUGCUUUUGUUCGUCAAAGGCCUCGGAUUUCUGACCUCAUGUCCGGCCGUCGACGGCGAGUAUUCCCGUAGU